AAUGGGGACUAUUUAUCUCUUCACUCUUGCGCUUGGGCUUGUAUCCAUCACGAAUGCGCAACCUCAACUUGGGCUGGGAGCUCUCAAUCCCUGUGGCCCAAAUCAGUCUUUUCGUCUGUGUGGACCUCUCUGUCCUGCACUUUGCGGAAAUCUCAGGCCAAUAUGCGAUGUAACCAUUUGCAUACCAGGAUGCUUCUGCAACCCUGGGUAUGUGCGACUGAUACGCAAUGGUCCAUGUGUAAGAAUAUGUCCCGUAGGUCCUGGCGUUUUAGGUCUGGGCUAG